AACGCACGGGAGUGAUACUAGUUGAAAGAAGAAGGGAAAGGAACCAGUCUGGCCCCAUUUUGUGUGCAUUUCGCUCGGUCCGGGUCCAAAUUACAAACCAAAUAAUGAAACACCGCUAGUCCUGGCGGAGGCUGAGGUAAACAGAACUCCUCAAGCUCGACCACAAUGGCGGAAACAAGACGGCUGAGAGGCCAUAAAGCGGCUGCCACGUGCUGUAUUGCUUCCCGGAGCCGCCCUGGUCUUAUUGCUACUGCGGCCGAGGAUGGCAAUGUUUGCUGGUUUGACAUGCGGUGCAAAGAUGCGGUUUUUACUAUGGAUGUUGCCAAUCAUAAUCCCAUUUCCUCGAUCUGUUUCAAGCCAGGCAAUGAAGAUAUAAUUUAUGCAUCGUCAGGAAAUGAAGUCAAGUGUUUCGAAGUGAAUAUGGGUAAUUCAUCAAAACAGCUGGAGAGCUACAAUUACAACAAGGAUGAAAUAAAUCAGAUUGCUUGCACUGUGAAUUCAUCAUUCCUUGCUGCUGCAGAUGAUAGUGGGGAUGUUAAGAUAGUUGACAUCCGUCAGCAAUGCCUUUAUAAAACUCUAAGAGCUGGUCAUACAAGUAUUUGUAGCAGUGUUCAAUUUGUUCCUUGGAAACCUUGGCAAGUCGUAACUGGUGGCCUUGAUUCAAAGCUUGUGGUAUGGGACUAUUCAAAGGGGCGACCUCAGAAGAUUGUGGACUUUGGCAUGCCCGAUGCAAGAAAUGAAGAGAAAACGGGCCAGUGUUUGAAUCCUGCGUUUGUCCAUGCGCUGGCACUUCCUGAAGUUGAUAUGGUGGAUAAAGUAGGGAAGAUUUGUGUGGCGGCUAAGGGUGAUGGCGUUGUUGAUAUUUUGAAUAUUGAUUCUGAUCUCAACUCUUCUUCUAAAUCAAAACGCUCUUCUAAUAAACCCAAGGACCCUUCCCAAGGGCAAAACUGGAGACUGGAUCACACUCUGGGAAGGCACACUGCUGCAGUUUCCUGCGUAGCAUUUUCGGUAUUUGGAGGAGAGAAGGGAAAGUUCAUAAUUUCUGGUGGGAACGACAAGCAAGUGAGGGUAUGGGAUUGGACAAAACUUGUUAUUAAUGAUGGAACAAACACCAGCAGCAACGAUCUUUUGAAUCUCCAAUUAAAUUUAAGCAGAAAAGUGAAUUGGCUCUGCACUGCGCCUACCGAUUCUGAUAAUCUGGUUGUGUGUGACACUUCCAAAGUGGUUAAGGUUUACACCAUUGCCUGAAUGCAUUUCGAAUUGUGUUAUUCCAAAUACAAAUAUGGGCCCCACCAAACUGCACGAAUACUAGAAAGGCAAGGAUGGAAGGCUGCAAUUGUUGUGGUAAGCCCAUUCGUUCCCCCCCAUUGUUAUGCUCAGGGUUGAUUGGAUUGGAUGCAAAUUAGUUAUAAGUGGCAAAUUAGUUAUUGUAAGGGGUAAAUUAGUAAGUACUGGAUGCAUUGGGUAUUGGGAAGAUAGAAAGGAUCUAUCAAAUCAUACCUCUUUCGCCGUUUUCAAUUAGAAGGCCGAUUUGCUUCUACCUCAUCAUAUUUCUUCUCUUCAGAAAAGCUUAUACAGAGUUCGAUAGCCUUUGAUUUUUAAGUAGUUGGACGCUAGAUUGAAGAAUGGCACUUCGAAAGACAUUCCAAGAAUUUGAAGACUAGUGGUGAAAAUGCAUCGUCCGUCAGUUUGCAGACAUUUACCAAUUCAGAAUUUUGUCUGUGUUUUGGGUUUUAUGGGUACAACUUGGUUGAGUUUCAAGAUUGUCUUGGAAUGUCGAUGAGGGUGGUGUACAAAAGGGUGGUGUUACCAAUUCGUUGUUGAAUCAAAAGAGGGUUGAACACAUGAAUUAGGCAUUAAACUUAUGGUGGCUAUGUUCUAUGACACAAGAGAAUUGUGUUUAAUGUUGUAUGACUAUUAAUGUUGCGUUUUGGAGAUGAAAGGAACAUGGAUCGCCACACGUCUAUUUCACACUAGGUUGCACAACGUCACGUGAUAGGCCGGUGCCACCUCCGGUACAGCCCAGUUUGAGCUACCGCCACCCAACCAGAGUUUACUAUUAG